GGCAAUGAAGAAUUCCUUGGUGCUGAUAUGGACUAUCCUAGUCUCAAUAGUAUCGGCACAAUGUCCUUGGCAACGCGACGUUCAAGAACUUCAAUCGUCCUGUAUAUGUUCGUACAAUUUAGGACACGAACUUUCGGUGCAGUGCGACAUGGUCAACUGGCCAAAAUUGCUCUCAGCUUUGAACAAAUACGCUACUCAAACCCCUUUAGAUUUACUCUAUGUAAAUAACUCAACAGUGGGUGUUCUACAAGACAAUAUUAUAAUAAAUUUAAAAAUUCAUAAUAUACAAUUGUCGGGGUGCAAAAUUAGAACUGUGGAAAGUGCCGCGUUUAGUGGUCAAGAACAACAUUUGAAAAAUUUGAAUUUGCAAGAUAAUGAAUUGAGUGUGGUGCCAGUGGAAAGUUUAAGACCUUUAGAAAACCUACAACUAUUAGAUUUAUCUCAUAACAGGAUAACCAAUGUACCUACAGGUGCGUUUGAAACUCUAAUGAAACUAUCUACACUAAAACUAUCCGAUAACAAUGUGACUCUAGAAGAUGGUGCUCUACAAGGUCUAGAUAAAAGCUUGAAAAACCUCAAUCUAAAAGGCACAAGACAAACCUCAGUGCCUAAAACAAUCAAAGGAAUGAAAGCUCUAGCUUUCCUAGAUUUAUCACAAAAUAGCCUUAGAGAACUUCCAGGACCUGAUGGUGAUGAGACUUUUGCAGGAUUAGAUGCUUUAUCAGCUCUUAACCUUGAACGUAAUGUUUUGCAAGAUUUAAAAGCAAACGCAUUUCACGGUGUUAGUAAAACUUUAAGUUCAUUAAGUUUGCUCAAUAACUUACUGCCAGAUUUUCCAACAGCAGCCAUGAGUUCAUUAAAAGAACUCCGUGUGCUUGACAUUGGAUUCAAUUUAUUAACAGAACUUCCCAAUGAUGUUUUUAAAGGCAAUCCAAGUAUAACGCUUUUGGCUUUAGAUGGUUUGAGUUUAGGAGGAAGAUUCCUGCAUUGCGAUUGUAAAUUAUCUUGGAUAAUUGAGUGGAUCAAAAACGGGGACCUUCAAGUAACUUCGAGAGAAAGAAAUCCACAAUUUUGCGGAAGCCCGCCCAAAUUUAGAGACAGAAGCUUUUACAGCAUUCAGUUGGAAGAUCUUUCGUGCCCUAAAAAAGCUGUUGAAGAAGAAGCAAAACCAAAACAACCUAUUGGAAUUGCUACAGUUGUAAGUGCAGAUUUAGAUGAUUUAAUUGUACCACAACCUUCAACAUCAUCAUCUUCCACUACUUCAUCUACAACUACAUCAACAACUACUACAACAACAAAAGAGCCUAGCACUAGCAAAUCAACUGUGUCGACUACAGUUUCCUAUUCUUCAACGGCUACUACGAAAGGAUCCACAUCUACAACAACCAAAUCGACAACUACCAAAACCAAACCCAAAGCGUCUCCAUCGUGGAAGGCUACCCAAAAGCCGCCAUUGGUGAUGGCAGGGUAUCCUUCGAGAAGUAAAUCAGAUGACAGCAAAGAAGUUAUAGUGAAAAACGCGUUUAGGCAAGAUAAUUCGGUGAUUAUUCAAUGGGGGUCGGAAACGGCUAAUAUAUUGGGAUUCAGAGUGGUCUACAGGUUGUUCGGUGACAAGAGUUUCAAACAGGGGCCGCCAUUGGAGGCUAGCGAGAGGGAGUUCAAAAUCAAGAAUGUGCCGUCACAAGAGUGCAUCAUUGUUUGCGUAGUAUCAUUAGAAGAACUCAACGUGACACCUGAAAACGUCCCGUAUUCGCAAUGUCGCGAAGUAAGAACCGUUUCGUCGGCCUCUUCAAAUAUGGACAAAAUUACUAUAGCGGCCAGCGCAGCCAUUUGUGGAACAAUUGUUGUAGCUGUGAUAGUUUUUAUUGCUGCAUCACGUCGAAGAUCAAGAAAGCUCCACGAACUACACCAACAAAAGAUAAAUAGUAUUAAGCAUGGAAUUCCAAUAGCUGGUCUUCCUGUCAACUGUUGCACUUUACCGCAAAGUCCUGGGGAACCUCUUUCCUCAUUGGCUAAUUUGAGUGCUUAUAAUAACAGUAAGGAUUGGGAUCAAGUUUCAGCUUACAGUGCGCACAGUCAACGACCAAGGAUGUACACUGUAGAACAACCGCCCUCUUUAGACGAGCUGAGAAAUCAUUUUAGUAAGGCAAGUAAAGCAAGAUCUGUAGCAGACGGCCAAUCGCAAAACAGCUUUUCCAAUCAUUCCGGACGAUAUUUGACUGCUAAUGCUUUUCCUAAUAAUUUGUUAGCUUCGAGACAAGAUCUUCGUCAAUCACGUCAAUCAUUAGCAAUGCAAUCAGAACGUAUGUCCACUCGUAUGCCAGCACCUCACCACGCACCACCAGCGCACUCAAUAGCGUCUUCUACCAGACGUUCCAGGCCAAGGUCCAGAUCACGCGAUCAUCAUAGACCCAGCAGUCGCUACAGUACCGCCGGUUCCACGCACACUCUGAACAACUAUUGCGAAAACUCGGAUAAUAAUUGGACGGAUCACGAUAUGGAAAUUUAUAUGGCUCGCAAUCCGACUACUAGAAAUGGGCUGGUCCCUUUGUGA